AUGGCUGACAUAGCCUGGAUUCUUAUACAAUGUAUAUUUCUGUGCGUGAAAUAUCCUAGACGAAAUGGCUGCUGUGCAAUAUUUACUAUUUACAUUAUUUUACUGACUCCAGUGCUAGCCUCUUCCAGCAAAACUGCUGGAAUCGAGUUCAGAAAGGUGGAAAAGUUCGGCUCGAAACGAAGCACAUCCAGUGAUGAGGACACGGUGUCGAGUUUGACAGCUAAUGUUCGUGGAUGGCUUUCGAGGGCAGGUGGCGAGAAGGUGGCUGAUGGGAGGGUGCAUCUGAUUGAGGACUCCUGUGGCAAUGAGGAUGAGAAGAGUUUCGCCCGACUUCCAAAAGACUGGGUGGGUGUCCUGUACUAUGCUGAUGACAUCAUCGACACCAUCACGGACAACGGCACCUCGACCAACUGUCCACAUGUGCUAGACAGGGUUAAAAAUGCCCUGAUGUUUGGUGCUUCAGCGAUCAUCAUCCUGACUCUCAACCCCAAAAUCUUCAAGGAGUUGGAUGUGUCACAGCUAUUUUCACAGCCAGUUGUUAUUGUUGAUAAUGCUGAAAAUGUGACAGCUCUCCUCUCCCUACUGAGAAGUAAGAUGACGCUGAAAGCAAGAGUGCUGGUCAACAUGACAAGGCAAGAGCUCCUGAAAUUCCCCACCUUGACGAUGUGGGCAACAUGUGGGCGGCAGAAUGGCCAUGGAGGCAUCGUCUGUCUGGAGAGGAACAGUGAGGUUGGACAGGGCAAGGCAGAUCCUGGCUUGUUCUGGAACUUCUUCUACACCAUCAUCUUGUUGCUGAUGCUGCUGUACAUGAUGAAGUCCCCGGGAGAGCUGGAGGCCUCUCUGCGUCAGUUGGCCUGUCAAGCUCUGUCAAUGAUGAAGACUCAGAAAUACCAUGCCCACAUGAACACCGGUCAUGAUACCUGCGCCAUUUGCCUUGAUUUAUUCUUUAAAAAACAGAAAAUCCGCGUUCUUCCAUGCAGUCAUCAGUUUCACACAAAGUGUGUUGAUCCAUGGUUGGUGAAAAACAGGACUUGUCCUCUGUGCAAGCUCAACAUUAUCGAGCAGUUACAGAGAGACUCUGAUGACGAAGAUUAGCCCAGUGAUGCCAUAUCCUUCAGGUCUGCCAGAAGGUGUAGAUGGCUGAGACAAGGUGUAUGAAUAUAUAUGUCUUCAGAACCAAGCCAGAGAAUUGUCCUCCUCAACGUCACGACUACCUGACACUCAUAAGGAGACACAGUGACUGGUUUCAGCAAGUGCAUAUACAAACUGUUGUAAACCUGUUGUUUGGUGUGACUCAAUCACUGUAUGUAGAGCAUUGGAGCAAUGCUAAACUUCAAUUUGCUCCACAGGAUAACACAUACAGGAAGAGUAGAAGCAUUAAUGCAAUGCUGCUUUAAAAACUUAAGCAUAAAAACAUUGGUGUGAUUGUUUUUGGAGAAUAGUGUUCCACGUGCAAUGGAAGAAUUCAUUUCUGUUGAUCUCGGAUAGUGUUAGUAUGAUGAGCUGAACAUGAAGUUCAUGCUCUACGUACUUUUGUCAACCCAAAUUUUCCAACCCUGUUGUUGUUUUUGAUUGCAAUCAUUAUCCAGGUGCCCAGUUGAAUUAUUAGGUCUUUGAGUUUAACAUUAGUUUGCUUGAUUUGUUAGAGUUAUGUCCCUUCACUUUCUCAGCUGUAAGCUCCAUUCCAGUGUGUGCUUCCUUAAGUACCUGCCUAUUGGUGUACAAAGUGUAGGGAGUAUCACUGUGUGGAGUUUACUCAGCAGCAUUGUGGCAUUGAUCGUUACUCCCCAUCUGUGAUCUGUUGUUUAUUUAGUUGUUGUGUGGUGGUUCUUUGUUUGUAUUUAUACUAAAGCCAAAAUAUACUUGCAGAUGGCUGCUUUCUAAGUUAUAGUGGCAAAGUUUGACUUGUAAGUCAAAGUAGCUACAGCAAAGGCAUUAAGGGAAAUCUGAAAAAUGGUUUGCUUAACAUCUGUUUCCAGCUGUGAUAAAAUUAUUUGUGUUGCAGUUUAAACAAAAGUUGGUUUGGGUUUCCGGAAACUCAAAUAUUUGCUUUAUCCUAAUGUGAAAAAUCGAGAAUAUUAAAAAUAUGUGUUAAAUAAAAUUGUGUUUAAUAGAUUUGAUUGUUUAUAUGUGUAAAAUUAUAAGUGCAUAUGUACUGUCAUACCUAAAUAUGGUGGAACAGUUAUACAUUUUAGUUUUAGUUAUAUUGAAGUCAUGCUCCUAUUUCAUUAUGGUCAUAUAUAUUUAUAUAUGUUUGUGAUGCAUAUUUUUAUAAAAACUCGGUAAAAUGUAUUCCAGCAAGUAUUGUUAUAUGAUAUUCAUUUGUAAAAUACUAGGCAUGUUAUUUGCUUUUUAAUGCUAAAGAAAGGGUUGAUAAACAAAUAGUGAGGUAGGCAACUGCAACAGUUAUCUCCCUUUGAUGGUCUCCCAGAAAGUGUUUUCUCUGUGUGAAGCAUGUUUUGUUAAAUACACUAAAACUAGAAAAUGAUCAGUUUUGUCAUGUCUCAGGAGCAAUGGAUUGAAACAUUUUGUGUAAUGAAUGUUGACAGAAUAAAACACACAUAGUUGAAUAAUCCAGGGGAAGUAGCUUACAGUUAUAGUCUUAUUCACAUCGUCAAUGAAAUAUACUCUUUUCAGUGUGUAAUGAAUGUAUUUGUAUAUGGUAUAUGAUAUGGAAUGUGUUCAUCAAUGCUCCCAGUGACUCACAUGAUCAGGGAAACAGUAUUCCCCCCUCUGCAGAGACUGAGAAAUAAUUGAACAAACACUUUUAUACAUGAGGUUAGACAUUGUCAGUACUGGAAUCCAGUUCUCAUUAAAGUUGACGACCUCAGAGUAAAACUGGGAACAUCAUAGUUAUAAUUGUGUUACUUCAUACUUUCAUGUCAUAUUUGGGAAGUUUAGUGUUUUAACUUUUCAAAGAUUUGUAACUUUCUUUGACUUCCAGUAAGUUAAGUUUUUUUGUCAGGCAUGAAAAAAACUCACGACAAUGAAAGGUUCAAGUCAUGAUCAUAGUCAACAUGGCCAAGUGAAAUAUAAAAGUACAAAACAACAAUACCAGCAACAGUCCUGCCAUAUUCUGUGCUGUUAACCGGGCUUCAUAACCAAUAACAGCAUCUUGAAAGUGAAGGGUAACGGAGUGAUUCACAUUACUCUCUGGUUCUUAACUUUUCACAACAUUAACAAAAUUAAUAAUUGAUGUUCUAGAGUGACAGAUUAUGAUUUAUUGACAAGAGAAAAUAUCAAAUCCCUCUUUAAACCAAAUUGUGUUGUUAUAUGCCCAAAUACAAUGAUAUGACAUAGUCCUGUUCCUCUAGAACAACAAAAUUAAUUUCAGUUCUUGCCAAGGUUGACUGUCAAGUGUGGGUCACAGGUAUCCGGCAUGUUGUAAUCAUCCUCAUUUAUCCAGGGUUUGAAACUUCAUUCUGUUACCAAAUAAAUAGACUACUUCUGUAAGAAGUGACAUUGCUACCUCUCUUGCUCGUUGGAACUAUACUCAACAAGAAUGGUUAAGGACCUCCCCAGUAUUC